AUCCAUACAGACUCAGAUGAAGGCGAGGGCAACAUCAAAUACACCAUCUCUGGAGAGGGAGCAGGUUCCAUCUUCAUCAUUGACGAGCUCACAGGAGACAUACAUGCCACGCAGAGACUGGACCGAGAAGAGAAGGCUUUUUACACACUCCGGGCUCAAGCUCGAGAUCGUCUCAGCAAUGAUCCACUUGAACCAGAGUCGGAGUUUGUUAUUAAGGUCCAGGACAUCAAUGACAGUGAGCCCCAGUUCUUGGAAGGCCCAUAUAUUGGCAGCGUGGCAGAACUCUCACCCAUAGGAACGUCUGUUAUGAAGGUUACUGCAUCUGAUGCUGAUGACCCCACAUACGGCAGCAGCGCCAGAGUGGUUUAUAGUGUGCUGGAUGGAGAAAAGUUCUUCACUGUUGAGAGACACACAGGAAUAAUCAUGACAGCAGUGGCAGAUUUGGACCGUGAGACACAAGAUCGUUAUGAGCUUGUCGUCAAGGCAACAGACAUGGCUGGACAAAUGGGUGGUCUCUCGGGCUCCACCACGGUGACCAUAGUGAUCACAGACGUUAAUGACAACCCGCCGCGCUUCCCACAGAAGAUGUACCAGUUUUCAGUGUCGGAGGGAGCAGCUGUGGGGACACCGGUCGGACGUGUCAUUGCUACAGAUGCAGACAUGGGGGAAAACACAGAUAUGAGCUAUCUGAUCAAAGAAGGAGGAGAGCUAUUCAAGGUUACAACAGAUGCAGAGACACAGGAAGCUGUUGUCUCCAUCAAGAAGCUCCUAGAUUUUGAGAGCAAGCGGACACACAAUGUGGUUGUAGAAGCUGUAAAUAAGCAUGUUGAUCCUCGUUUUGUGGACCUGGGCUCUUUCCGAGACCAGACCAUUGUUCGUGUGAGUGUGUCGGACAUAGAUGAGCCACCCAUAUUUCAACCUGCCGAUGGCACUACAAUGGAAGUUCAAGAGGAUGCCAAAGUCGGUUCUGUGGUAGGGAUUGUCACAGCCCGGGAUCCAGAUGUGACAAAUAAAAAAGUGAGGUUAACCAUUGAUCGGACAACAGACCAGGACCUGAUCUUUCACAUUGAUCCUGACUCAGGUGCCAUUACACUGGGGAAGAUUUUGGACCGAGAGACAGCGGGGUGGCACAACAUCACUGUGAAGGCUGUAGAAGCAGAUAACCACUCCAUGGUGUCCUACUCCCCAGUGAGCAUUCGUAUUCUGGAUGUAAAUGACAAUCCUCCAGAAUUGGCUACACCAUAUGAAGCCUCGGUAUGUGAAGAUGCCAAACCUGGCCAGCUUAUUCACACCAUCAGUGUGGUGGAUAAAGAUGAACCACAGUCCGGGCAUCGAUUCCUCUUCACUUUAGCUCCAGAUGCCGCCAGCAGUCGUCACUUCACUUUAUGGGAUGUCAAAGACGACACAGCUGGCAUCCGCACCCAGAGGUCAGGCUUUAACCGCCACGAACAGAAUGUGUACUUCCUGCCCAUUCUUGUGGUUGACAGUGGGCCCCCCUCCCUCAGCUCAACAGGCACCCUGACCAUCCACGUCUGUGGCUGUGACACAGAAGGAGCCAUCCAAUCUUGUAAUGCAACAGCCUAUGUAAUGAGUGCGGCACUCAGUCCUGGGGCUCUUAUCGCACUCUUGGUCUGCAUGCUCAUCCUUAUAGUUCUUGUCUUGCUCAUCCUUACGCUGAAACGCCACAGGAAAGGCCAGAGGAUGGCAGAGGACGAGGAGGACAUGAGGGAUAAUGUCAUCAAGUACAAUGACGAGGGUGGCGGGGAGCAGGACACCGAGGCAUACGACAUGAGUGCUUUGAGGAACCUCUAUGACUUCCCAGAGGCCAAGACUUGCGAUUCUGGCCCGGACAUCCGUUCGCUGCCACAGUGGAUUCAAGCGAACAGAGUGAGCCUUGGUGCAGACGGAGCAACAGCAGCAGCAGCAACAACAGACUUCUCUCUGUUCAAAGGCUACAUACGAAAAAAAGUGGAGCAGGCUGACGCUGAUCUGACGGUGCCGCCGUAUGACUCCUUCCAGACAUACGCAUUUGAAGGCGCCAGCUCACCUGCACUUUCACUCAGUUCAAUCCACACACUGUCGAACACCUCGGAGCAGGAUUUCUCUUACCUCCAUGACUGGGGACCCCGCUUCAGGCAACUCGCAGGCUACUACGCGCCAGGAAACCGUGAGGAGGAUGGGUCCUAGCACAGCUUCUUAUCUAAAGAGAGACAGUUAAACUCUCUUCUCCUUUUUCUAGCUCCCUCUGGUACUCGACUGUCACUAUCAGAGUGAAAUCUGUGUACUCAAUGAAGCUAGAGUACCGCCCCUUGAUAUUAUUUUGAAAGUUUCUACGUGCAGGCUUUAAACCCAUUUGGACUAGUUUGUGUUUUCUUUUACAUCCCUACCCCCAUUUGAAAAUUAAGGAUUUCAGUUUUUAACUGUUAUUUUAGUACUAUUAUGGGAAAGUUGGACAGUAAAAAAACUUAGCGUGAAGCUGUUUCCUAAAAGGAAAACCUUCAUGAUAAGAUAUGACAGUAAGAGGGACAGCAGUCCUAAUCUAGGAUUCAGCGAACAGAGGAAAAUACUUGUAUUUAAAAGGAGGGAAAUUUAUUUAUUUAUUUAUUUAUUUGUUUCUAUAUUUAUUAUUGCCCCAAUUACACUGAUAACAGUAACAAACUGGUAUUACGUGCUACAGGAACAAAAAAGGGAACAUUACAAAGGACAUUACAAAGGACGAGACUACAAAAAGCAACUGCUUUGCCCCAUUGUUGGUGCAGUACAAAAAAAAAGAAAAUAAAAAUGUGUAGAGCAUAUGAAAAAUUACACUGUUAAAAAAUAUUUGUAUUUAUUUUCUAUGGUAAUUUUUGUAAAAUAAAAGGGAAGAUAAACAUAUGGUAAGCAACCGUAAAGGGACAGAGAACCGCAGCAUCAUGAGCUGAGUCAGAACAGAUUCCCUUGCUGUAUUUUACUGAUUCUCAAGGUGGGAAUUCUGAAGGUGGGAAACUGUGGACAAUUGUGUGUUAACAAUGUCUUUUCUUACCCUUUCCACAGCCAUUUGUAAGGCAAUAAGGCACAAACCGCAGCAGUGAUAUAAAAUAAAGAAGAAAACAAUUUAAAAAAACACUAUGGAGUUGGCUGAUGGCCAGCUUUGUGCCACGGGGAGCCAGUCUAUUCCAGUUUUUGUGUGAAUGUGUACAAUAUGUUGAAUUAAUUUUGUACGUUAAGAUGUUUGGUUCAGUUUUGAAUACUUUGUUUACUUUUGGGCGAGGGAAAUAAUAUCUGUUCCGGCAUAACAAUUGUGUUCAAACAGUGAGGACAGGUUUAUGCGGCAACACAUAAUGAAUUGAUAACAUUCACCUGAUAUCCCAACGUAUUCCAUGUUGACCUUAACUUGCAAAUGUAUGGAAAGUAUUAAAAAAAGACCAAUAAAUAUUUAACUUUUUUUUGGUAAAUCUCAA